AUGGACUACCAAAACCGCGCAGGCUCCAAAUUCGGCGGCGGCGGUGUCGCCUCACACUCCGCCACCAACGCCGACCGCCGCGAACGCCUCCGCAAGCUCGCUCUCGAGACAAUCGACCUCGACAAGGACCCCUACUUCUUCAAGAACCACGUCGGCUCCUUCGAGUGCCGCCUCUGCCUGACCGUUCACCAAAAUGACGGCUCCUACCUCGCCCACACCCAGGGGAAAAAACACCAGACCAACCUCGCCCGCCGCGCCGCCCGCGAGCAGAAGGAGGGCAAGCAGAACAUCGACCCGGCCACGGGCCUGCCCGCCAGCGUCGCCGCCGGCCUCAACGCGCGCCGUAACGUUGUCAAGAUUGGCCGCCCGGGGUACAAGAUCACAAAGAUCCGCGACCCCGUGACGCGACAGCAGGGCCUGCUCUUUCAGCUGCAGUACCCGGAUGCCACGCCCGAGCUGGCGCCCAAGUGGCAGGUCAUGAACGCUUUCACGCAGCGCGCCGAGGAGCCGGACAAGAACUUUCAGUACCUGGUUGUUGCAGCCGAGCCGUACGAGAGUGUGGGAUUCAAGAUUCCUGCGCGAGAGUUGGAUAAGCGAGAGGAUAAGCAGUUUUGCUUCUGGGACCCGGACUCGAAGGAGUAUUGGAUUCAAGUCAUGUUCAUGACGGAGCGUGAGGAGCGCUUUAAUGCUGCUCCUGGUUUGACGGCCAGGAGAUGA